CGUCGCCUCGCCCAGGGGCCUCGUGGCGUGUGGUCAGGCACCGCCAAACGGGUGACACUUUUUCAGGGUCCUCACACACACAAACACAUGCACACACAUAACCACCAUCUUCGAUCCCCCAAUCUCCACGACUUUCCAGGCUUCAGCACCUCUGCCCUGCGUGACCGAGAGAAGGAAACCCCCGGCACUGUCGACGCAGCACGAGCUGCACAUGGCUUGAAGCAUGGCCAUCCUCGUCGGCAACAACCUGCCCGUCGUCCAGCGCCUCGCAAUCCCCGCCGUCUGCCUGCUCAUCGCCUUCCUCGCCUACACCUCGCAAUGGCUGUACGCAACGGCGGCCCAGCUCUCCCCCGGCCCGCUCACCCGCCGUGAGACCUAUGUCUUCAACACGUUGCUGGCCUGCCUCUGGAUCACCUACUUCCGCGCCUGCACCGUCGACCCGGGACGAUACACCUUCCCGCCGCCCAAGAAGACCGACUCCCCCGCCAAGCUCCCGACCACGACCUCUGCCGACGGCCGCAAGCGACACUGCACGAAAUGCGCCGCGCCGAAGCCCCCCCGCGCACAUCACUGCAAGGCCUGCAGGCGCUGCAUCCCGCGGAUGGACCACCACUGCCCGUGGACCGGCAACUGUGUCUCCCUCCAGACGUUUCCGCACUUCCUGCGCUUCCUCGUCUUCACAAACGUCAGCCUCUGGACGCACUUGUACUUUGUGUGGAGGCGCUUCUACGGCCUCUACGAGCUGCGCAACAUGCCGGCGUACCUGGGGCCCACGCUGCCGCAGAUGGCCUUUCUCACCGUCCACGCCUUUGUCGGCGGCGUCACGAGCCUCGCGCUCGGGAUCCUGCUCAUCACCACGGUCAGGGGCUGGCUGUUCAACACGACCAUGAUUGAAGGGUGGGAGAUUGAGCGCCACGAGGCGGUCCUCGAGCGGCGGUACGCGAGCAGCGGCGGCGACGACGACGGCUGGUGGCGGAGCGGCGAGAGGGCGCCCGGGGGCGACACGGCCGCCGCGCACCUCGCCGUCGACCCGGUCGAGUUCCCUUACGACAUUGGCAUCUUUGAAAACAUGGCGCAGGCCAUGGGCACGCGCAACGUCCUGAUGUGGUUCUUCCCCCUCGCCGGCGGGCCGCGGGUCGCGCCGUAUCCGGAGAGCGGAGGGGCAAAGGAGGCGGCAGCAGCAAUCGACACGACAGGCUGGGACUAUGCCGAGAACGACAUGAACGAGGCCCGCGGGAUGUGGCCUCCUCCAGACCCGGAGCGGAUCCGGCACGCCAAGGUCUGGAAGCGUAGGGACCUGGCGCAGGAGCUCGAGGAGCAGAGACGCUACGACGCCGCGGAGCUCACGCCCGAGCAGCGCAAGGAGGCGUUCCGGCGGCGCCAGGAGCGCGACUAUCAGCGCUGGGCGGGCAGGACGGCGGCAGCGGCGGCGGCGGGUCCACAAAGAACCGGUACUGCGGACGACGGGGAGGAGCUCACGCGGUCUGCUAUAUUGGGGGAGCUGGAGGAGUUGCCCGUCCGUGGUGGUGGCAGUCGUGGCCCGGGCUUGACCUCAACAAGGGUCGUGGUGGAUGAAGGCAAGUCGGGCUGGGUCAAUGCCGAUGGCGAGCAUCUCGGGGACUACGGCGUCGACGAGGACGCCGAGUUUGAUGACUUUCAUGACGAUGGCGAUGAUGAUGAUGAAUCACCAGCUUCUUACGAGGACCGAGAAGACGCUGGUGGCUACGUUGCAGAUGAGCACGACGCGGCGGUGCUCGUGUUAAGUACCGGCGAAGUCUCACAGGGUGACUUUGAGGAUGAGGAUAUGCCCCUUGCAGAGCUCGUAAAGAGGCGCAAGGCCGGCAAUGCACCUUCCUCCCUAGAUACUUGAGAAACCAGUGUGUGAAAAUUCUCAACGCAAGCUGGGCAGGUUGGGUUUCGGCAAAGACAGAGCACCAUUACAUGUACAGCGACACCGACGCGCUCGCAAGGAAAAGCCAUC